CUCGCGGUGCCCGCGCCAUGCCGGACCGGGACGGUUACCCCGCCGGCACCGGCGCCGGCCCCGGCGGCGUCAGCAGCGGCGACGAAUCCUCGUCCGCCCUCCCCGACGACGACAUCUGCCGCGACUUCCUGCGCAACGUCUGCAAGCGCGGCAAGCGCUGCCGCUUCCGGCACCCCGACAUCUCCGAGGUCACCAACCUGGGCGUGCGCAAGAACGAGUUCAUCUUCUGCCACGACUUCCAGAACAAGGAGUGCGUGCGCCUCAACUGCCGCUUCAUCCACGGCACCAAGGAGGACGAGGACUGCUACAAGAAAACCGGCGAGCUGCCGCCGCGCCUGCGCCAGAAAGUGGCGGCCGGGCUGGGGCUGUCGCCGGCGGAUCUGCCCAACAGCAAAGAGGAGGUGCCGAUCUGCAGGGAUUUCCUCAAGGGGGACUGCCAGCGCGGCGCCAAGUGUAAAUUCCAGCAUUUGCAGCGGGAUUACGAGUACGAGGCGCGGGGGAGGGAGCAGGGCCGGCGCUACGAGCCCUUCGACGGCCUCUACGAGCCCGACGAGCCGGUGCUGAAGCGGCGCCGAGCCGAGGGGCUCUACGAGAGCUACGAGUACGGCUUCGCCAGCCCGCGCGCCGUGGAGUACCGGCUGCUGGAGGAGGAGAACGUGCUGCUCAGGAAACGCGUGGAGGACCUCAAGAAGCAGGUCAACAACCUGCUGGCCACCAACGAGGUGCUGCUGGAGCAGAACGCCCAGUUCCGCAACCAGGCCAAGGUGAUGACGCUGAGCUCCACGGCCACGGCCAGCGAGCAGCCGCUGGCGCCCACGGUGACCAACUACAACCACAGCAUCGCCCAGACUCACACCACGCUCAGCAGCCAGGCCCUGCAGCCCCGCCCGGUCACCCAGCAGGAUUUGGUGGCGCCGGCGGGCGCUCAGGCCGCGCCUCCCGCCAACGGGGCCCCGUUGAACCCCGAGAUCGCGCCGCUGUCGGCGGCGGCGGCGCUGGCGCAGACCAUCGCGCAGGGCAUGGCGCCGCCGCCCGUGUCCAUGGCGCCCGUGGCCGUGUCGGUGGCGCCGGUGGCCGUGAGCAUGGCGCAGCCGCUCGGCGGCAUCACCAUGAGCCACGCCACCACGCCCAUGGUCACCUACCCCAUCGCCUCGCAGAGCAUGAGGAUAACGGCCAUGCCGCACUGACCGCGCCCCCGGUACCGGCGGGAGGCUCGCGGUGAACCCGGGGGUGGCGGGAUGAGGAUGGACGGACACACGGACGGACGCACGGACGGUGUGGGAUGUGCCGCCCCCCUCAUCCCGGUGCGACCCCCGGAACCAGGGGGUGGCGGGAUGAGGACGGACGGACGCAC